CUUUCUUUCCUGGUCGACCACGAACGACGACGACAUUCCCUUUUCUGUCCACUGUCCAAUCUCCAGUCGCUGCACCGCCUGUCAGGUCCUUUCACACGCGUCACAAUGCUUUCUCAGAAGGUUACCCAGCAGUCACUGCGACGGCUCGCCGUCCAGCAGCCCUACGCCCUGCGCUGGUCCUUGAUGAACUCCGCCUCGCCUGCCGCCGUUGCUCUGGGAAGAAAUGUUCAGAUGAGACAAGCUACCACCAGCACGACCACCUCCGACCCCAACAAGCUCCUUGCUGAGCAGCGUCUGCGCCGCCCCGUCGCUCCCCACCUUUCCAUCUACAAGCCCCAGAUCACCUGGAUCGGCAGUAGUUUGCACCGUAUCACCGGUGUCGCGCUGUCCGGCAGCCUCUACCUCUAUGCGACUGCCUACCUCGCUUCCCCAAUGCUCGGCUGGGACCUCGGCUCUGCCUCCGCCGUUGCCGCCUUCGGUGCCCUCCCUGUCCUCGCCAAGGUCCUCCUCAAGGCUACCAUGGCCAUGCCUUUCACCUACCACUGCAUGAACGGUGUCCGUCACUUGAUUUGGGAUACCGGUCGCGGUCUCACCAACCCCCAGGUCAUCAAGACUGGCUGGACUGUGGUUGGCCUGAGUACGAUUAGCGCUCUGAUUCUUGCUUUGCUGUGAUUUCGCUUGUGCCAUACCUUUUGAUUCCUGCUCUGUCUAAAAUGUUCUUCUUGCAAUAUAUAUUCCAUAGC